AUGCCUACUAAUGUUAUUGUAUGUUUAUUGUUCUCUCAUUUAGUUGUUGCUGCUACCGCUCCCAACUUUGUUGCUCAAAUUAACUCCAUCCCUAUGCUGAAUGGGAUGAACUUCAAGUCUUGGAAAGAAUUCGUUGAGAUUGUUCUUGGAUGCAUGGACUUGGAUUUAUCCUUGAGGGAAGAACGCCCGAUCGCCACUGAUGAGAAUCAAAAUGAAGCAAAAAUUGAAAAGUGGGACCGAUCCAACCGAAUGUGCCUCAUGAUGAUCAAAAUAUCCAUACCUGAAGUUAUUAGGGGCUCAAUUACUGAAAGUGAGAGCGCUAAGAAGUUCCUUGAAACCAUCGAACAUUUUUUUGCUAAAAAUGACAAGGUUGAGACAAGCACUACUUUGUCGAAACUGAUUUCAAUGAGUUACAGAGGUAAAGGGAACAUACGAGAGUAUAUCAUGGAAAUGUCUCAUCUUGCUUCAAAACUUAAGGCAUUGAAGUUAGAACUUCCUGAGGACUUAAUUGUGCACUUAGUUUUGAUAUCUCUUCCUGCACACUUUGGGCAAUUCAAAGUGAGCUACAACACUCAGAAGGACAAAUGGUCCCUUAAUGAGCUGAUAUCUCAUUGUGUACAUGAGGAAGAUAGGCUGAAGAAAGAUAAGAUUGAAAGUGCUCAUCAUUUGGCUACUAGCUCUCAAUUCAAAAGGAAAAGAACUGCAUGGAAUACUUCUCAAAACAAGAAGGCAAAGGAACAACCUAAGGAGUCCACUUGCUUCUUUUGCUAG